CAAUACAGACAGUACUAUCCGUUUUCUUUUCCAUUUCCGAUUCCCCCCAUCCUCAAUGGCUUCCACUACCGUUUCCUCAUCCUUCAACUUCCCAUCUCCAACCCUUUCUUCACAUCGCCAUAAUCACCCACUUCGGUUCUCUCCCUUCUCAGUUAACGGUUUCAGUUACCCAACCGUUGCUUCCCGCCAAAACACCUGCAUGUCACGUGGCACCUUCCGCUGCGCUCUCAAAAAUCCAACCUCUCGUGCCUUCAGUGCAGCAGCCUCGCUCAAUAGAGAACCAAUGGUUCCUCCUUACAACGUUUUGAUAACUGGCUCAACGAAAGGAAUAGGGUAUGCAUUGGCAAAGGAAUUUCUUAAAGCUGGAGACAAUGUCAUAAUUUGCUCAAGAUCAUAUGAAAGGGUUGAGACUGCUGUGAAGAGCCUGAAAGUAGAAUUUGGGGAACAGCAUGUGUGGGGAUCUAAAUGCGAUGUCAGAAAUGCAGAAGAUGUCAAGAAUUUAGUUUCAUUUUCUCAAGAAAAGCUGGGAUACAUUGACAUAUGGAUUAAUAAUUCUGGAUCAAAUGCAUAUAGCUAUAAGCCGCUUGCUGAGGCCUCAGAUGCAGAUCUUAUUGAGGUGGUUACAACAAACACACUCGGUUUGAUGAUAUGUUGCCGAGAGGCAAUAAAGAUGAUGGCAAGCCAGCCUCGCGGAGGCCAUAUUUUCAAUAUUGAUGGUGCAGGCUCAGAUGGUAGACCAACUCCAAGGUUUGCUGCAUAUGGAGCAACCAAGAGAAGUGUGGUGCAUCUGACAAAAUCUUUACAAGCCGAAUUGCAGAUGCAAGAUGUAAAAAAUGUAAUGGUGCAUAACCUUUCCCCAGGAAUGGUCACAACGGAUCUUCUCAUGUCUGGUGCUAAUACAAAGCAGGCAAAGUUUUUCAUCAAUGUCUUGGCUGAACCGGCCGAAGUGGUUGCUGAAUACUUGGUUCCAAACAUUAGAUAUAUACCUACCAAUGGAUCAAUGAAGCCAAAAUACAUCCGGUUCCUCACUGGUUUGAAAGCGUAUUCCCAAAUAUUUUCAAGACUAGCAUUUGGGGCAAGAAGGAACAGGUAUAUUCUUGAAGAAUGAACAGAAUUAAAAAUGGUGCCAGGCAAUUUCUAACUGUAGAUAAUAUUCUGGUCGUUUAUGAUCUUCUGGAAUACAUCAGUGGGUGUUUAGUAUUUACUGGACCUAUAAUCCUCGGGCAACAGUGCAAGAAUUGUUUUUUUUUUUAUAACCCGAGAUUUCUAGACGGGGAGAGGGGACUUAUGCCAUUUAUUUAUUUUUUUUUUCUGUUAUUUAUUUUUUGCCACUAUUCCCCUUUCUGUUCGGCCUUUUCCCUGGUAACCUUUUAAGAGCUUGUUUCAUUUAUUUA